AUGAGUCAUCACACUUUGAUCAAUUGUUUUAAACGUGCAAUUGAACCAAAUUUUUCAAACAGUCUAAAGAAAUCAUCAACACGAUCAAGUAUGACAACAGAACAGCAAAAUCCAAUUGAAAUUGGCGAUGUAAUAACUCGUUCACCAAAAAUGAUUGAUAUUACAUCUAAAAUUGUAAAACAAUUCAAUGGAAAUAAUCAUAAACAAAAUAGUAUGAUAACAAUUAGAUCAGCAAAAGCAGAAGUAUUUAUAUGUAUUGAUGAUUAUAUAAAGCAAUUUAUCCAUAAUCAAUAUAUGAUUACAGAUACUAAUUCAGAUAAGAUUAUUCAUGAUAAUAAUGAAAAUAAUAUUGAUGAUAAUAAUCAUACAGAUGAAUUAUAUGAACUUUUAACACCAAAAGGUGAUGUAUUUACAGUGGCACGUCUAGCUGGAAUACAAGCUGCCAAACAAACUUCUAAUAUUAUACCAUUAUGUCAUCAAGUGCCCUUAUCACAUAUUUCAGUCGAUAUUGGUUACAGAUUAGGUAAAAUUCAUAUACAAUCACAAGUAAAAGCAGUUGGUCAGUCUACCGGUGUAGAAAUGGAAGCAUUAACAGCUGUUUCUGUUGCUGCAUUAACAGUUUAUGAUAUGCUAAAACCGUUACAAAAAGGACCAAUUAUUAUUGAAAAAAUUGAACUAUUAGAAAAACUUGGUGGGUCGAAAGGCUCCUACUUAAAACUUGGUGCAUCGAAGUAAAGAAAAGAAUUUAAUUAUUCAGCUUUGCUUAGAAUUCGAUUAUGUCUACAGUAUUUUGCAGACUUUGAUUUCUUUAUUACGAUAUGUUGUCAAAAUAGUUCAACUGUUAAGAGCAUUUUCAAAGUUUGUUUCACAGACAAUAUGAAUGGGAAACGUAAUCUGACUAUAGAUGAAGCACCAUUAAUUACGGUCUGUAUUUAGACAACUAAUUUAACUGAAAAAUGGUUAGGUAUCGAGUUCAACGUCUGAAAACAAAUAGUGGCAAGUUUUUAACGGCUUCUUUUAUGAAUGAUAGUGAGUUCUAAAGCAGAUUUAUGGAGUCUUGUCAUGUACCAUAGUUGAGGAUAAAUUUUCUAAGUUCAUUAAAUUUUAAUGAGAUGUACUGAGUUACCUUAUACUCUUCUGGUUCCCAAGAGCAAACCUUGUUUCACAGUGGUGUAAGUAGAAUCAAUGAUCUAGUGGUGAGUGGGCUCGUUAUAGCAUACGGUGCGCAUACAUCUAUCAGACUGAGAUCACUCGUAAAACA